UUCAAAAUUGUCAACACAUUUAUAAAUUUGCUAGACGUAUAUUCUAAUGUUAAAAAACACUGUGUAAAUUCUAGAAAAAUGGGUUGCAAACAAAGUCAUUAUGAGAUGAGUACAUUGCCAAUUAAAGUAAGUAAAAAGCAGGCAAGGAGUGCCUAUUUCGAAAAUGAAGAUAGAAAAAUGAAAGAAACACCAUUAGCAUGCGGGCCAGAUAUGAUACGUAAGAAAGAGAGAACAGAAGACACAUCGGAUAUUGAUACUCCCCAAAAUGAAAGUAAAAGCAUCCGAAGAAGUGGUUCCUGUACACCAGAUGAUGCAACCACGUUUAAGCAAUCAGUUGUAUCACAGACCCGACACAGCUGGCCAAUUUUAUCACAGGGAUUCGGACAGGUAUUUGAUAUAAUGUAA